AUUUGCAUCAAACUGUUGAUAAUUAGCUAGGUAGCUUCCAAACAUAAAGGAAAAGUUUUCAAAUUGGGUUUUCCACAAAACCAUAAUACAAUCAGUUAGGAAUGGUAUCUCCUUCACAACAAUGAUAGACAAAUUUGGAAACAAGCCUCAACUACCAAAAAAACAAAGGAAAAAACUCAAACAAAAAGAGAAUGAAAAACACUUUCAAAACACCAACUACUCAUCUUUUUGUUUCUUGAGUAGUUUCCUUCCAACAAAUAUUCUUUAUUAUUAUUAUUAUUGUUGUUGUUCUCUCUUCAUAAAAACAAUCAUAUCUCCAUGGAAACUCCUCCUAGAUGCAAAUUUGCAUUCAUCUUUUCUAUCUUCAUCUCUAUUUUUCUUGGCUUGGUUUCAUUUUCUUUAUGUAUAGCUUCCGAGAUUAAGAGGAACAAGAAGGAAGAUCUUAGAUGGAAUGGAAAACUAUGUUAUUUACCAUCAAGUCAAGCAUUUGGGUUAGGUAUUGCAUCUUUGAUUAGUUUCAUUUUGGCUCAAAUCAUUGGAAAUUCAAUUUUGUUCAAGAAUUCUUAUUCAAGAAGAAAAAUAAAUGCACAAUACAAGCUACCUUUCAUUGCAAGGCUUCUAAUUUUGAUAUCUUGGCUAAGCUUUGGAGUUACAAUUAUUUUACUAAUUGCAGCCACAAGCAUGAGCAAAACACAACCCUAUGGAGCAGGUUGGUUAAAUGGUGAGUGCUACUUAGUCAAAGGAGGAACCUACACAGGCUCAGCCAUAUUAAUUCUAGUCACAUUAGCCUCUGUAACGGCUUCAACAUUCUCAACAAUAAAAACCAAUAAAGCAGACCAAGAUCGCAAAAUACAUGCACAAAUGGGGUAACAUAAACUUAGUAGAAUUUAUUCUAGGAAAGUAGACAAAAGAUGCCUUACAAGUUGUAGAGAGAUGGAUCCAAGGCAAUGAAAUUCAUUAACUUGCUUAUCUUUUGUCCUAAGGAAUAACUUUAUUUUUGGAGACACUUUAUUUGUACACAUUCUCUCUCUCAGGUAGUGACUGCCUCAUAUAGGAACUGUUUCAUAUCCCACCUGCAUAUGUUAAUAAAUGUUUUGUAUAGGACUAUUUAAUUUUCAACUACCAAGUUGGAUUUAUUAUUUGUUU